AUGGCUCCUACUAUGACCCCCGGCCUCCAGGCGUCGAUUGAAAACUCCAAAUGCGAGUAUCGACGCCUAGGAAACAGUGGCCUCCGCGUCUCGGUCCCCAUCUUCGGCUGCAUGAGCUUCGGCGACCCGAGGACUCUCGAUUGGGCCAUCGGCGAGGAGGAGGCACUCCCCCUUCUCAAGGCCGCUUACGACAGAGGCCUCAACACUUGGGACACGGCCAACAUGUACUCCAACGGCGCAUCCGAGAUCAUCGUCGGCAAGGCGCUCAAGAAGUACGAAAUCCCGCGCGAGAAGGUCGUCAUUAUGACCAAGUGCUACUUUGCCGUCGGCGAGGAACCCGAACUGCGCGCCUUCUUUUUCAAGGACCAGCUCAACGCCUCCAAGGACUAUAUCAACAACUUUGGUCUGUCUCGCACAGCCAUCUUCAACCAGGUGGAGGCGUCCCUGAAGCGCCUGGACACGCCAUACAUCGACCUGCUCCAGAUCCACCGCUUCGACCCAAACACGCCCAUCGAGGAGACCAUGAAGGCGCUCCACGACCUCGUCCAGUCGGGCAAGGUUCGCUACAUCGGCGCCAGCAGCAUGUGGGGGACCCAGUUUGCCCGCAUGCAGUUUUGCGCCGAGCGUAACGGGUGGACCAAGUUCGUCAGCAUGCAGAACCAGUACAACCUGCUCUACCGGGAGGAGGAGCGCGAGAUGAACCGAUUCUGCAAUGACACUGGCGUGGGCUUGGUUCCCUGGGCUCCGCUGUGCAGAGGACAUCUAGCUCGCCGACCGGAGCAAUACGGCACCACCGCUCGCAGCAAGGGGGAGAAGGAUAACCAGCCCGGGGCGCAUGGGACAGUUGAGCCGGACUUGACCAUCAUCAACCGUGCGGUGGAACUUGCGGAUAAACAUGAGUGGCCGAUCUCACAUGUUGCCCUGGCAUGGAUCAACAAGCGUGUCACAAGCCCCAUCAUCGGCUUUAGCAAAGUAGAAAGACUAGACGAGGCCAUCUCUGCGAGAGGGAAAGUUUUGACGGAGGAAGAGGAGAAAUACCUCGAGGAGCUUUACCAGCCGAAGGCUAUCAAUGGCCACUCGUAA